AUGGACGUUGGUGUAGGAAACCAAAUGGAAGGUCAACUAAACCAGGUAAACCAAUUGCUGAGUACCGAGCCACUGGAAAAAUUUGCAUCUGAAGACAAUGAUACGAUCCAGAGCGCGUGUGACCUGAUUGUCUCAAAGUUAACAGAAAAGAUAUCUGGGCGGAAUCUCGUAGACCCUAUCAUCAAACAAAUAGACGAGGCGGAAGACGCACAAAGAGACCUCGAGGCUCUGGUGUUCAGGCAGAUAGAAGCCUCAUUAUGCGAAAAAAUCGAACAAUUAGAAAAAGAAGUUGACAGUUUAGUGGAAACAGCCAGUGGGGUGAAGCGUUCGUCCUACUCGGACGAGCCUGGGACGAAAAAAUCCAAUCAGAGCAGUUCUAUUGAUCCUAUUCUUUCUAUUGGAGACGCUUUAUUGCCCGAACAAAGAGAAGUUCGCGUCAAGCAAGUAGGGUCAGGCAGCAUGCAUUUACCGGGGACUGAAAAUUUGCCGAUGCAUAUUGUAAAUUUUAAACUUCCCAGAGGGCCGCGUUCCAACAAGAGCCUCAGCGUGCGAGAAUUAUACAAGAUUUGGUACAUUGGGUCUGCCGAAAAUGGACAGCCGUCGGUGCGUCAAAUUAUUUCUUCUUACCCAACUUGGAAGUCUACAGAAACAACCUAUUACAAUCGUCUGAAAAGGGUAGCUUAUUUGAUCGAGUCUGUUGCUAAUGAGCUAUCCGAAUGGAAUGAUGCAGAUCCCCGGCUGGAAGCAGUGGCAUUAAUUGAAAAGUACAUGCAGCUUCAUAACAUAAGUGGCGUUAGUGCAUUGUCGGAUCUUUGCUCCAACCAAAAAGAUGCACACGGAUUUCAGGCAGUAAAGGAAAAAAUUCUUGAGUCACGCACGCGUUGA